AUGGAUGGUUUAAAGCAGAAGCCUGUUGAGAUAAAGGUGUUUGUGUCAGAAGAUGCCAAUGAAGUUAUCUUGUCGCCUCUAAUAUUCGACAUUGCGUCGAUAGAAGCGAUCAGGAAAAUUGGUAUCACUGGUACUCUGUCAGGUACUUUGCCUCUGGCGACGCAACAGAAUUUGUUUCUAUCGGUUCCUUUAAAAUUAAUGGUAGAAGAAGCUAUAUGGUUGUAUAUAAAUGGGUGUGCUAAGUUCAGUGUAAUGAAUGGACCGAUCUCAUCAAGGUUUAGUGAAUUGUUAGAUUCGCAAAGUGAACAGUUGGAGCAAGAAUCGAAACUACGUUUGCAGAAAUCUUUUGAGUUACAAAAGAAAUAUAAGCAAGAGCAACAUAUUUUAAAAAUGAAAAAACUGGGGAUAGAGUCGAGAAUUGACAAAGGUGCAUCGGAAUCAAAUGCAUUGAUAGAAUCAUCCUUGUUCGUACGAACAUCAGAUACCUCUGACCUUAUGAACCAUUUUAGUAACCAGCAAAUAAGCGGUAAAAUCAUAAAUUACCUUGUUGCUAAUUACAGUUCCUGGGACAACUAUCUCCUUUUUCAAUCACUAAGGGAACAGAAUUAUAUCAUGUCCCCAGGUGCAAGGUUUGGGGGCAAAUAUAUAGCAUAUCCCGGUGAUCCUCUCAACUACCAUUCACACAUGACCGUCCGCAAUGCUCUAGAUUACUAUAACGAACCAAUUGAUAUGUUAGAAUUGGCAUGCGGUGCAAGAUUAGGAACGACAGUGAAAAAACUUUGGGUCAUAGGUGGUGUAAAGCAUGGGAACCGAGAGAAAAGCGACAGGACUGUACAAAAUCUCCUCCUGAAUAAGGAGGAUGACGUCUCAUUCUUUUCUGUUGAGUGGGCAGGAUUUGGAUAG